AUGGCUAUAGGCUUACUUCACUCGGCUCACCAUGCCAUUGACGAAGAAGCGAGAGCAGAAGUCGACGUGCUCAACUCUCGCCUCGAAAAGACAAACCAGCUGACCAAGAAGAUUCAAUUUUGCUUGGGCCACCUUGAGGCGUCUGGACAGAGCGUGCGCGAAGUGGCUGGUCCACUCAGCGGCGAGACAAAGCGCCUUCAGUUGCUGGGAAACAAUGUCGAUGCCGUGCUCGCCGCCAUUGAGCGGCUACGUCAGCCUGCCGACAGCAAAGACAAUGAGGAGCAGAUAAUACGCGCCGGGCCUGAAAAGGCUGGGUUGUCCAACUACUUGGCCUGCCUCAAGCGCCUCAACAGAUCCUUCAACGACAUGCAGGCCUCCAAUCUGCGUGCCAAUCAACACACCAUGGCCGACCUCACCCGCCUCAUCACAACUGGCAGUUCUCAACUCGAGAACUACUUCGACAAGCACCUGCGAGGGGAGACGCCUCGCUCCAUUGAACCCCUCCACUUCAUUACAAAGGACAAGUCCUUCCCUGUCCUGUCACAAGAUAUAACCACGCGACUGGGGCUCGUCUACGCUCACCUGAGUAGCAGCAACCUACACGGAGGCCAUGAUUCCCCAGUCUCCAGCAUAUAUGCCGAAGUUCGCGGGCCGUACUUGUCGUCGUCGCUGGCCAACCUGGCCGCGGCCAGUGUCAACACAGCCAAGAAAAAGAACCCUGGAGCCAUGUACCGGGCAGGCACCAACGGCAUAGGUACUUAUGCCAAAGCCAUGGAAGGCAUCUUCUUGUCGGAGUACGACAAUAUCUGCAGCAUUUUCACACGUGAUGUUUGGGGUACUCUAUUUCAAUUCACCUGCCAAGCCGCUCUAACCGAGCUGGCGCGGACUAUUCGAGAGCUCAACGCUCACAUCAAGGCUCACCUUGGCACCGACUGCUAUCUGGCCUAUGAAGUCACCGAUAUCCUCUCCAACAUAUCCGGGAACUUGGACGCAAGAACCGGCGAGCUAAAGGCGUCGCUAUCAGCCGCCCUAAAGCCUGUUCGAGAGACGGCGAAGCUGUCACUCGCCGAACUGCUUGAGGACACGAAGCGCAAGGUUGGCGGCGUGCAGGCCUUGCAGCCAGAUGGGGCGUCAACACCACUCGUCUCGGAAUUAGUACAGCGGCUACAGGCCAUGGUAGCGUUUCUGCGCCCCAUCUCGAGCAUCAUGAUAUCGUUGGGCGACGGCGGGUGGAAAGCAAACGCUGCAUCCAGCGGCCGCGCGGCCGAUGCCAUUCCCAGCCUGGUAUCAUUCGACAUCGGCGCAGACGGCCGAGACCUCUUUGCGCAUUACUGCCUAGACUCCAUCGAUAUUCUUUUGUCCUCUCUGGAGCAAAGGGCCAAAGCCUUGCUGAGGAGUAAAGCAGUUGUUGGCGUCUUCAUCGCCAACAGUGUCGUCAUCAUCGAGCGCAUGGUGCGAGACUCUGAUCUUGGCCCACUAUUGGAUUCUCGCCUCGACACGCUCGAGCAAUGGCGCAAAAAGGCCACGGCGUCAUACACUGAUAUCUGCAAAGAUCUUUCGGUCUAUUUGUUCGACACCAUCCACACCAACCGUUCACAACGACCAACCUCGGGCCAAACUGACUCGGCGUCGGUUGUCAAAGGACUCAGUAGCAAGGACAAGGAUAAGAUCAAGGAAAAGUUCACGCAGUUUAACGGCGCUUUCGACGAUAUGGUUUCUAAGCAUAGGUCUUACAGCAUGGAGCGAGAAGUUCGCGCUAUGUUUGGAGAGGACAUUCGCCAAAAACUGCAGCCACUCUAUGAUCGCUUCUGGGAUCGCUAUCAUGAAAUUGAUAAGGGCAAAGGCAAGUAUGUAAAGUAUGAUAAGUCUUCUAUUGCAGCGGUAUUCCUUAGCUUAGCCUCGUAA